AUCGAAUGUAUCAAAUUUUGAAUUUUUGAAAAAGUUGUCAUAUCGUAGAAAAGUAUGAGUUCUACUGGGAAAAUGAAGUUAAUUUUUGUUAGUGACAAUCGAAAUAAGAUUAAAGAGGUUAGGGACAUCUUCUUUGAUAGUUUUGUGACUUGUGACUUCUUUUUACUUUAUAGAUAGGCUGUUUCUUGCAACACAUGUAAAAAUCUCACAGCUUGUCAACAAGUUGUAACAAAAUUAAUGCUGUUAUUUCAUCAAGUUGCUGCAAGGCUGUCAAUUGCAGGACGAUAACAAGUUGUUGGAACAACUUGUAACAAGUCUGUUGAGCUCAACAACCUUGUAGCAAGUUGUCAACAAGCCGUUGACAACUUGUACGUCAACAAGCUGGGAACAAGCAGUGCGAACACAUCCUGUUGGAACAGCAUUGCUACAAGUUGACUGCAAGUUUGUUACAACAUAGUGAAAGAGUAGAUACAUUGAUUCCAAGCAUUGUGUUGCCUUCGAAAGUUGCCUAAUAGAAUUAUAUUAUAAAAAGUAGAAUUAGAUUUAACAUUGUCACAGAUGACAUUAGUCACUUAUUGUGCACACUCUACAGGUAAAGUCUAUGCUUGGUGAAGAUUUUCCCUGGACAUUAGAAGCCAAACAUAUUGAUUGUAAGUUCAUUAUUCCUGUCAGAUUGACGUUUUAUAAACCAUAUGCUAUAAAUUAGGUUUCUAUGGACUGAAGUUUUAGUAGUUUAUUUGAAUAAAUUUCAUUAGUACCAGAAUUCCAAGGAGAACCAGAUGAAAUCACAAGAGAGAAAUGUAAAGUUGCCGCAAAACAGGUAACAAAAGCUUAAAGGGCAGGACCACAGGGGUAGGGGGACAGUCCACUCCCCACUCGUCAUUUCUGGGGGAGCGCCUUAACUGGGGAGAAUUUUGUGCACUUGUGCAUAUACUGGUACUCUUCAUAAACUUGGUAUCAAUAUGUUAAAUUUUACAUUCAAUAUUUUGUUACUAGAUUGGUGCUCCAGUUAUUGUUGAAGAUACAUGUCUAUGUUUCAAUGCACUGGGUGGAAUGCCUGGUCCUUACAUGUGAGACCAUUUAAACCAGUGUCAGUCAAGUCUUUUUAUUACCUUCGCCAAGAGCUGAUCAGGGGCGCCGGAGCCACGGGGGCAGUGGCCCCCUCUGCCCUAACAGUGCGGGGGCAACUGGUUGCCCCUUUUUGUGACAACAAAAGGAUUAAGGCAUUAACUAAUAAGUUCGAUAUAGGCAUUAACUACUAAAUUAUUAUUGUUGACUUGCCGUCAUAUGUAUAAGUAUAUAUUAUGACCAUGUUCAUUCCACGGUUCAUUUACACAUUAUGUAGGCUAGGUUGAUCGUCUUGUUAGUUAUAUAAGCCUUCUACAUUUUUCUAGUUUCUUGACACACCUAAAUUUCUGUAGUCGAUUAGCGCAGUCAUGUUCUGGCACUACAAUAACACAUUCGCUAUAAGUCUUCCUCUGUUCUAGAUGAUUUUUAGUGCAUUCCAGCUAGGGACAUAGCCAGGACUUGCAAUGUAUCCGUCCACAAAUGCUCGACCAGGUCUGCUGUCUGCCCCCCCCCCAAAAAAAAGGUUUCUCUUGGAAUAAUUUUUAAAUCAGAUUUUUAAUCUUUAUUUUCUAAAAACAUAAUUCGUAGCAGUCAAAAGAACACUUGUAAAACUACACUCAAAACUGAAGAGCAAACAGCUUGGUUACAAACAAAAUACUAGAGUUUUAACAUCAACUGCCAGGUUCACAAGUACCCGUCCAAAAGACGGGUGAAUGGGCCUCUGGUUAAUUCAUGUUUUCAGCUUAUUGUGAUCAUCAGUUUCCAUCCAAAAUACGCAACCUCAUUAAGUUCAGUUUUUAGUUUGUUUAACUUCUUUGCCUUUACUAUAAAUAAUUAAUUAAGAAGUACUGAACUGUGACAGUUAGUUGACUCAGUCAGUUUUUUUUGUUGCGAUAUACAUCUGCAUACGCAAGCAAGUGCCAAAGAAGCAAGGAUUACAUAUUAUAGAGUUGUCGGUUUCUUUAUAUAUAGUACAGUGUUACAAUUGGUUAUUAUCGGUUUAUUAUUCCUUGAUCUUAUUAUAUAUCAAUUUAGUUUACUCUACAUUAUUGUGUGAGUAUAUUUGCAUGAACUGUAUUUGUGUUAGCUUGCUAUUGUAACAAUAUUUUGCGCUCUUUCUGUUUUGUCUUGCACAAGGUUUGUUAUGAAUUUAUUCAUAAUCUAUUCAUAAUCUAUUAAAAAUCUAUGAAAAAUCUGAUCUAGUGUCAAUGUAUAGAAAUGUUUGGCUGCAAACUGUGAGACUUCAUCAGCUACCAAAAUUGAUUCCACCCAUAUAAUAUAUACUUAAAAUUUUCACUGUUUUUUGUAUUUUACGACGUUUAUUAAUUCUCAAAAUUAUGUCAAAUCUCAUGAAAUGCCCAAAAUGGCAUUUCAGAGACUCUAGAUCAAAAUUUCCAAGGUGAGGAUGCCCCUGGACACCCUACGAGGUCUCGCGCUUUCUGCGAUCGAGUGCCCUUUUCAAAUCAAGAUUGUGCCCCCGCCGCUUUUCAGUCCUUCCGGUGCCCCUGGGGCUGAUGUUUUUGUCCACGUUUAAACAUAUGUGCAUGUGUGAUUAUUUUGGUCUUUUUUUAGAAAAUGGUUUCUUAAAAAACUGAAGCCUGAAGGUAAUAAAAUAAUAGUUUUAUUGUUAUUAUUGUUAUAUUAAUAUAGAAUAAUUAUGAAAAAAAAAAUAUAAAAAUCUAAUUUCUCUAACCAAAAGCAUGUCUUUAGAAAACACACGAUAUAUCACUAAAACAUACUAUAUAGUAAGUUUUCUGAAAUAUUUCUUUAAUGUAGGUCUACAUCGCUUGUUAACUGGUUGGGAGGACAAAUCCGCUUAUGCCGUCUGUACAUUUGCAUAUUCUAGUGGUGACCCAGAGAAGUCCGCUGUCAAGCUAUUUUAUGGCAAAACAAAUGUAUGUCCAUGUAUAUGCCUGUAAAGCCCUGGGCAAACUAGGAAACAUUGUUGCGGAAACAUUGUUUCCUAGGUCCAAUGUUUCGCCAUGUUUCCCAGAGUGGGCAAACACUAGGAAACAUUAGUGAGAAACAUAAGGAAACAUCAAAUGUUUCUGAAUUCGCUAGGAAACAUUUUUGCUUCUCGGGAAGCAAAUUUUGUUUCCGCAACAAUGUUUCCACGGAUGGGCAAACAUGGAAACAUUUGAGGAAACAUCGAGAGUCACAAAUGUUUCCGCAACAAUGUUUCUUAGUUUGCCCAGGGCUUAAGAAUUAUGUUGGAUCAAUUUAUGAUUAUUUAGGCCACCCUUAUAUUUUUUUUUGUGAUUGCAACAUACAUGUGCAGUUGUCUUAAUGGAUGAGUAGUUGAAUUUUUUCAUGCUAAUACAUGAAUUUAUUUAUUUUCUAUUUGAUGUAGGGAAAAAUUGUCAAACCAAGAGGACCACAAACGUUUGGUUGGGAUCCAUGCUUUCAACCUGAUGGUUUUGAAGAAACGUAAGCAAAAUUGCAUGAAUUUCAAUGUAUAAAUAAAUACAGUCUGAAAUAGGCUCCAGAGUAUGGCCGAGCUAGUUCUCAAUAAAGCUCUUGGGUGUGCACGUAUGUCUGAAAACCUGCCUGGAAUUUAUUCAUGAUUUGUAAUUAAACAAACCAUAUUCUGCGUUACUGUUAAGGUAUGCUGAAAUGGAUGCCGAUGAAAAAAACAAAAUAUCUCAUCGUGGAAAAGCACUGCAAGCUUUAAAAGACUAUUUUGACGAUCCUGAUACUACACCCCCAAAGCGUUUAAAACUAGCAACCGAGCAAGAGGAAGCAUCAUAGUCUUAAAUAUUGACUUUAAAUUUUAACGUUCUUAUAAUUGCUGCGGAGCGAGCGAGCCUGAAGCGAGCGAGCGAAGCAGCAAUCUAAUUUGUGCAGAGAGG